UGGAAAACAGAUGACGCGUUGACGGAGUAACGCUUAGCUAGUGUGCCAAAGUUAUUGUGUACAUUUUAAGAUUUAUUAUCAAGUGUGUCUGAUUUCUUCUGAACAAAGGCCAAUAAUGGAGGCAACCAAACGCUCAAACCUUCUUGACAGUUCUGAUUUCGUUGGUUGAAAAUGUCGACAGUCUUACUUAUUUGAUUUUCGAUCCGCCAGAUGUCCAGUAUUAGAGAAAGUCAUAUGAUUGCAGACAAUCAUACAUUCUCUUCGAUAGAGAAUCGGUGGUCUCAAGUUAUAAUGCUCGAUGACAGUUCACAAGAGACGAAGACUAUUCUGACCUAGAAUGAAUGAAUUAAGUUCACCUUGGAAUGGGACACAACUUACAUUUGUCCAACAACCUGGGUCAAAUGUAGAUGAAUCUUCAUUUUUUAACGUUGGAUAUCCAAAGGAUGCCUGGUAUGGGGAAUAUGAAUUCCUUGAUCAGGAUGUUUUGCUGUUUAAAGAAGUUCUUCUAUUUUAUGUGAUCAAGUCAACAAUUCAAGAUCCAAUAACAUCCGAGACAAGCCAAACAUUUCUCAAAAUUCCAAAACAAUGGUUGUCAAAGUGUAAACGUUAUUAUCUUUUUCCAACAAUCAAUUCUUCAGAACCUGAAACAAACCCUGAAAAUUGGGCAUCUGGGCUCUUUCAAACAAGUGUCUAUCCAAACAGUUCCUUUAUGGAGUGGAAACUAGAUGAAAUUUUAAAUCUAAAUGAUCCCAAAAAAUUUAGAAAGGCUUCCAAGAGAGUUAAAACAUUCCAGGCUGACCCAAAAAGUGUUUGGAUUCCAUCUGGAAGUGAAAAUUUAAGAGGAACAUCCAGACAGAGAAUCCCUAAGAAAUUUCCCGAUUACGAGCUAGCUGUCCCCAAUGUUACUCGAACUUCACGCCGACCAGAUGAACCAACAGAAACUUCUGAAUUAGUCGUCGAAGAAGGUAAUCGACAAGCGGAAAUACAUCAUCAGCAACAUCAUUCGUCGUCUGUGACUGUUGAGGCUGCCGUUUCCGACGGUCCCGGUCCAAUUGUUUCAUCGUCCGUCGUUCCAGCAGGUCCAAUCCGUGCCGUCUUAAGUCACAACAGCAGCAGUUUAAACGUCAGAGGCAUCGGCAAUAGUUCCACAACUCCAUCCGUCGAGGACGGCCAUCAAGGUGAUAUGCUUACGGAAACGUCUCUAUUCGUCGAGGAGAGUCAUCAACUGCCAUCUGUCGACUAUGAAUUAAACGAUGAUUCCCGAACUAUAUCAGUUCUUCAAAGCGUGAGACCAAAACCUUAUGAUCUAGGUUUUUCCGAUGGAUAUCAAGAAGCAUUCACGAUGUUGGACGGCUUUCCUGGCGGAUCGCCAACUCUUCCGCCUCAAUCUAAAAGACCAAGAUUGAGUUCUUCUGACGAGAGAUGUGCUUGUUAUGAAGAAGUCAUGAAUAUGGCCAAGAAGAUUAACGCUAUUUUCAAGUUUGUUGUUGCACAGGAGCAAAAAGAAAAUCCUGCUCCUGUGCAAAACUAUCAUGACGUGAUCGUGAAAAAAUUUCUCUCCGUUGAUGAUGAUGAAACUGGAUUUAAAAUGCUUAUACCAACAGAUAAGCCGGAGGUUCUAUCUAAUAUAAACAAACUUUUGAAGACCAAUGAUCAAUUAUCUAUCAGCUUGACUUUGAACCUAAUGGAUUCGUAUCAGUCUGCUGCUUCCGAUGUUGACGCCAUGAUAAGAGCUGCCCUUUUAGCCAUUCUCAGCGAGGCUGGAUGCAACGCGAUGCAUUGGCGAAAGACAACAAAUCUAACUGGAUUGAAAAACAUGUCGCAUGUAUUGGCUGUGUUAAAAGUCGCAGUUGAUGCAUACUGCACAUCUAAAAAAUUCAUCCAGGUGUCGUCAAGAGAUUUCCUUUUGAAAGUACAGGUGCUACGGAAAAACGUGGCCGCCGUAUUCCGGAAAAAAACUGGUUCCCUGCCACCAAUAGUGGAAAAAAAUAGAGCUGAUGGGGUAAACGAAGAGGACGAGUCCCUAGAACACGUCGUUAAUAGUUUAAAAAAUAAUAUCAAAAACUUUGUGAUGCCCCUGUGAUUAUGUGCCAUGUUUUUUUAUUCUUUAACUUUUUGUUUGAUUUAUCUCAUUUGGUUGAUACAUUAAAAUACAUGACAAUUAUCUCAUCCUA